CACUUUACUUUUGCAACACUGGUCAGUAGGUAACGGUAGGCUCGUGCACUGCGCAGAGGCUGUCGAAGCAACUGCGCGUGAACCAGAAGAGGAAACCUGCAGCAAAACAUAAGUGGACAACUUCUUCUGAGAGAUGGCUGUGCCGGUGCCGUUUCUGGUCUUAUGUGCCUGUGUUUUGGGCCUUCACCGUGUGGACGCAACACCAGACGCCCUGAGCUCGAAGGAUGCUUCUUUCUGUCAUGGUGGACUAGAGGUCGUCUACCCAGACCUGGAUGUUGAUGAAUGCCUCGUAAUUCCAAAGGACCUUAGAGAAAAGAUGAGCACGGUUUGGACCGCACCAAAUAUACACUUCCCUGGAGCGAAAAAGAAUAAGAUGUAUGUUCUGGUGAUGGUGGAUCGGGAUGCUCCGAGCCGCGCCCAACCAACGGCUGCUUACUGGAGGCACUGGCUGGUCGUGGACGUGCAGGGCGAUGCACUCAAGGAAGGAAAAAUACGUGGGACGACCCUCACUAACUAUCAGCGUCCAACCCCGCCACGGACAUCUGGUUUCCACCGCUACCAGUUCAUGCUGUUUGAGCAGCAUCCGGACGCACCGGUGUCCCUCACCAAGCAGGAGAAGUCGUCCUCAGAUCUUGUUUGCGAUGCUGCAGGAAACCAAAUGUGGCUCCCUGAUGGAGGAAACAGCCACGGUGAAUGCCUGUAAAGCAGCUUUCAGCGAGAGUUGAAGACCAGUAACGUUUCUAUCCAGGCCGUGUCAGACUGGGAGACCAUUCUCUCUACAGAUAUGAACUGUUUUAAUAGUUGGCUUUCUUUUCAAAAGAUUAACUUUCCUACGCUAUUCUUGAGCAGCUGUUAAUGUAGUUGCUCCACAUACGGAAAUACCAGAAUGUCAGCGAUUCCCUAGAUUGUGGAGCACGGCGUUGUCGUAUGUACGCUCAAACAUGUGAAGACGCAGAUGGACAGACACUCGCUCGCUCUAGAAUCUGUUGGAAGUUUGCAAGUUUUAAGCACACAGGGCUUUGUUGCCUUGGAAUCAUAAUGGUGAAUUUGUCUUUUUUUUGUUUUGUAAAGGGAGGGGAAGCUGCAGGGCAUCAGUGGUUGUCAAAAUUUAAGAAGUGAUAUUGUCAUACCAGCCGGAUGGCCGUCUGGUGUUUGUUUAAAAGAGGAGGGAAGAAAAAAAACAGGCCAGGCGAUUGAAUCAUAUCUUCUUGCCAAUACGUCCUUGCGUUCCCACCUCCAUCAUUACAGCAACAUGUUUUAUUUUCAGCAGUGCUGUUCUCAGUGACUCACAUCCCAGAGCCAUGUGCUGCUCAGUUAGGCCUCAGAUCCCUUAAACACGGGCCGAGCGGUCAUGAGAAGCACUCAUGUAAUGCACUAGAGAUUGCACUCAGCCUGUAUUUAAUUUAUGUAGGAUAAAAACAUGUUGUCUUAUAAACGUGUGAGGUUGAACUGCU